UAAUUUCAGCUCUAUUCUGGGAGGCAUGAAGAAUCUGCUUUGACGGCAGAGGCAAGCAAUAGCAUCAGGGAAAAAGUUGUUGAGGAUCCUCUUUGUAACUUCCACUCCCCGAACUUCCUGAAGGAUCUCAGAGGUGGAAAUGAGAGGUUCCGAGGAUGCAGCAGCUGGAAGACGUAUUACAGCGGCUUGAUCCAGGAACACUGCGGUAUGGCACCCCGACUGAGAACAUGAACUUGCUGGCCAUUCAGCACCAGGCCACAGGGAGUGCAGGACCAGCCCACCCUACCAACAGCUUUUCCUUCCACGGAAAACCUCACUCAAGAACCCACAAUGGUCUACCAGUCGGCACGCCAGGAACCGCAGGGUCAAGAACACCAGGUGACAACACGGUGAUGGAGAAACAGGUCCGGUCCCACGCAGCCUCAGCAGAACAACGAUGAGCUGCCCACAUAUGAGGAGGCCAAAAGCCCAGUCGCAGUUCUUCAGGGGGCAGCAGCAGCAGCAGCAACAGCAGCAGCCGGGGACUGUGGGCCAUGGCUACUACAUGGCUGGGGGCCCCCAGUCAGAAGUCCCGGACUGAGGGGAGGCCCACGGUGAGCCGUGGCCAACAGUGGACAAGCGCAUAAGGACGAGGGCCCUGAAAGAAACUUAAGCAGGGCCACGUCCGUUCCCUCAGUGAGAGGAUCAUGCAGCUGUCAUUGGAGAGGAAUGGUGCUAAGCAACACCUCCCUGGCUCAGGGAAUGGAAAGGGGUUCAAGGCAGGAGGGGGACCCUCCCCAGCCCAGCCUGCAGGUAAAGUGCUGGACCCUCGAGGUCCUCCACCCGAGUACCCCUUCAAGACCAAGCAGAUGAUGUCCCCCGGUCAGCAAGACCCAGGAGCAUGGGGCUUUUCUACAGUGACCAGCACCCGGGGAUGCUCCAUGAGAUGGUCAAACCUUACCCUGCUCCUCAGCCUGCGAGAACAGAAGUGGCCGUCCUGAGGUACCAGCCACCCCCUGAGUAUGGGGUAACCAGCCGUCCAUGCCAACUUCCCUUCCCGUCAACAGUGCAGCAGCACAGCCCAAUGUCCUCGCAGACCUCCUCCGCCAGUGGGCCGCUGCACUCUGGCUCCUUACCGCUUCAGCUUCCCAUGAUGCUGGCAGCUCCACAGCCCCCACCAGCCGCAUCCCCCAGCCAGCAGCUUGGCCCAGAUGCAUUUGCGAUUGUGGAGCGAGCCCAGCAAAUGGUGGAGAUACUAACAGAGGAGAACCAGAUGCUUCACCAGGAGCUUCAGGGUUACUGUGAAAAUGCUGAUAAGCUCCACAAGUUUGAGAAAGAACUUCAGAGAAUUUCAGAAGCCUAUGAGAGCCUGGUCAAAUCAACUACCAAGCGUGAGUCUCUGGACAAGGCGAUGAGAAACAAGCUGGAAGGCGAGAUUAGAAGACUUCAUGAUUUCAACAGAGACCUCCGAGAUCGACUGGAGACUGCCAACAGGCAACUGUCCAGCAGGGAGUACGAUGGGCACGAAGACAAAGCUGCAGAGGGGCAUUACGCUUCCCAGAACAAAGAAUUCUUGAAGGAAAAAGAGAAGUUAGAAAUGGAGUUAGCAGCAGUGCGGACCACGAGUGAGGACCACCGGAGACACAUUGAAAUUCUGGACCAGGCACUGAGCAACGCCCAGGCCAAGGUCAUCAAGCUGGAAGAAGAGUUACGGGAGAAGCAAGCGUAUGUUGAGAAAGUUGAGAAAUUGCAGCAGGCCCUUACGCAGCUGCAGUCUGCAUGUGAGAAGCGAGAGCAGAUGGAGCGUAGACUGCGUACCUGGCUGGAGAGAGAGCUGGAUGCACUGAGAACCCAGCAGAAACAUGGAAACGGCCAGCCGGCUGGCAUGUCGGAAUACAACGCUCCAGCCCUCAUGGAGCUUGUGAGGGAGAAGGAGGAGCGGAUCCUGGCCCUGGAGGCUGACAUGACCAAGUGGGAGCAGAAGUACCUGGAGGAGAGCACCAUCCGACACUUUGCCAUGAACGCCGCAGCCACUGCCGCUGCCGAGAGGGACACCACAAUCAUCAACCACUCACGGAAUGGCAGCUACGGAGAGAGCUCGCUGGAGGCCCGCAUCUGGCAGGAGGAGGAAGAGGUGGUGCAGGCCAACAGGAGGUGUCAGGACAUGGAGUACACUAUUAAAAAUCUCCAUGCCAAAAUCAUAGAGAAGGACGCUAUGAUUAAGGUCCUUCAGCAGCGAUCCCGUAAAGACGCUGGGAAGACAGACUCCUCGAGCCUGCGGCCUGCCCGCUCAGUCCCGUCCAUUGCCGCGGCCGCCGGGACCCACUCCCGCCAGACCUCUCUGACCAGCAGCCAGCUGGCUGAAGAGAAGAAGGAAGAGAAGACCUGGAAGGGGAGCAUAGGAUUGCUGUUGGGGAAGGAGCACCACGAACAUGCCUCGACCCCUGUGCUGCCAACCCCCCCUGCCUCAGCACCGUCACCUACGGCUUCUGCGGUAUCAGCCAGCAGCACCCAUGCCAAGACAGGCAGCAAGGACAGCAGCACCCAGACGGACAAGAGCGCCGAGCUCUUCUGGCCUGGCAUGGUCUCCUUCCCCAACCGCUGCAGGCUGAGUGCUACCCCUUCCAACAGCCCUGUCCUCAAACACCCAGCGGCCAAAGGGGCUGGAGAGAAGCUGGAGAACUCUCCUGGCCAUGUGAGAUCACCCGAGCACAAAGGACGUGUUAGCAGCUUGCUCCACAAGCCCGAGUUUCCUGAUGGAGAGAUGAUGGAAGUUCUCAUCUGACACUGUCCUCCUUGUUGGGUUUCCUACAGGACACUGACAAACAAGGAGACUGGCAAGCAGGAGAAGAAAGACCAAGAAAGUUGUGGGUGGGAAAUCAAGAAUGAUAUGAACUGAUAAAGAUUUCAGAUUAUAAGAACACUUUUUAUAAAUGUAAAAUGAGACAGGAAACCUACAUGACUGAAGAAAGAAGAGAGUGCUGCGGAUCUUACUGCACAUGGUGGCAGAGAGAAGAUGCGUGUAGGUUUGGAAACAGUUAGGAAGCAUAGGAAAUGGAAUUUUUUGUUGUAUAGAAAACGUAUCUCUAGAGGAGGGUCUUUGUACACCUAUUCUCUGGUUAUAAUCAGGUAAAUCUCAACAUGGAUUUUCCUUGGAAUACCCCCAUUUUGUUUGCCUCUUAGCAUGUUUUGUUUAAGAAGAAACUCCUAGAAAUCUCUAAUGCCCAUUUUGGCAUCAUGUAUUAUCACUUGUGCUAUCCAUUCGGUGUCCUGUGAGUGGGUGUGGGUGUGACAGUGAGAAGAAAUGUCCACGAGUGAUAGGGAAUUUAAAAGGUGAUUGUUACCUAAUUACGUGUUUGGUUUGGAUUUUCAGGAGGUUAUUGGGUUUCUUAAGCUUUACUGGAUUCAGCAGUAUUUUCUGCAGGAGCUCACCCUCCCUAACUUCUCCCAGUUCAUCUCUGUCUUUACUUUAAUCUCUAAUUUUCCUUUUUUCCCUUAAUUUUUUUUCUUUUUAACAAUACAAGGCAGAAUUCCUUAGGCAUGGAAUUGUUUAGAGCAUUAUCUGGCUGUCAUCUUCAUUCCUGCUGUGUUUAUAGUGGUGACCAGUAGGACAGAGUCACCUACCAGCUUCAUGGCUGCUUCCUCCGCGUUUGAGCAGUUGGGGAGCAGCUGUUAACCGCGUUCUCACUGUGCACGAGGUAAGUGUUGAGGAGGUGGAAGAUUCCAUGGGUUCUGUGACAUCUUGCAUUAAGAUCGUGGCACUUGCUUUUUGCUUUCUCACAUCAGCUCUCCUGCAAGGAAUUUGAUUAUUUCUACCCUGUUGCUCUGUGGGAGUGAGUCUUUCAGGACUGCACUCCAGGAAACAGAUGACAGUUUAUAAACAGUUCCUUGGCAGCAUCCAGAAUCUCACCGGGCACCUUCACACUCUUGUGUUCGUGGCUCAUGCGUAUAUCCGCCUGCACUCCUUGUGUUGAUGAGCAAGCUGGUUUUCCUGACUGUUAGGGUGUGUGUGUUAACACAUCUGGUUUUCUUUGCUGUGAACUGGCUUUGUAACCUAACAGACUAGUAUAUUUACAGUGUGGUCAGGUUUCUGGAGGUUUUUGUUUUGGGAAGUAAGACAAAAAUACUAUGGGAAAGAGUCAGGAGGGAGUUGGGUAGUGGGCCUCUUGCACCAUUGCCCUGGUGCUUCACGUAUGACUCCUCAGACACUGACUUCCCCUGCAAAUCCAGGAGGUGCUGGGGGAUGCUAAUGAGGCCGUCAGGUGCUCCUGCAGGAUCCUGAUCCCUUUCUCCCUCCAGGUCAGCUGGAACCUUGUUUGCCCAGGUCCCUUUCCUCAGGUUUCCUUAGGGGCAAGAAAACCCUAGGUCUGAGACUUUCUCAAGUCCCACUUAAAUGAAGCCCUGAAGACAACAACCGUCUUGGGACAUCUUUUUUGGGUACUGUAUUUUAGGGUUGAUCCUUGGAGUGUCACCUGAAUGAAGUUAGACUCUCCCCAAAAUUGAGGUGGUAGAAGGAUGGCAAGAGAUACAGGCUGGAGAGAUUGGAAAUCAGUGGCUUUGGUCCAGAGGGGCCUUCCAGACCUUCCAGUGAGGCAGAGUCUGGGGGAGCUGACUGCACCGGCAUUCACUCUCAGCAGGCCCCAUGCUUAGCUCUCCAUGCACGCCAUGGCCAUUAGUCUCUCGGUAAGUGUCAGAGUAAAUGCUGUGCAGACUGGGAAAUGGUGGCUCCAAGAAGCUGAGCAGCUUUCCCUUGCCUGGUGGUCUAGGAAGAGAGGCCAGGAGAUCUCAUCAUGGGGGAAAGGAAUUGACUGUGGAUCGGGAAGGGGAUGAGGGCAGAGGAAUCCCCAUCCCAAACCAUUCCCCCUCACUUUUCACAGGUGACGAGGUUCUGUUGAUGGCAGCUAACUAUGAAAGACAUUUUGCCUUACAGUUAAUGUUGGGGAUGGACAAGGAAGGGAAGUGUCUAAAGACAGGAGGUUAGGUCAACUCUGGACGACCCCACCACUGAGGUAUGGGACUCAAACAUGGGCUGUGUCCCAUAGAAAUAGGUAAGAGCAGAACUACAGCCUAGUUUCUCCCAGACCCUCGUCUUUAUGCUCCACUACGCCCCAUUGGCACACUUUAUCUCAAGGCUGGCUUGCUCUCCCAGGUCCCCCUGAGUUUCCAGGAUGUUUUAAUUGUCCAAACGCCAAUGGAGACAUCACCAUUUCUCAGGUGGUCUUUGUCAAUCCUUUUCUUCCCUAACCUGCCAGGACUCUCCCUUGAGAAAAGAAUUCAUAGCUUUAGAAUAUCUUCUUUUAUGGGAGUUUUUCUGCCAAGCCACGAUCCUCAACACUUCCAUCUUCAUAGCUUUCCUGAAGCCUUGCUGGCAUAAAGGAAAGGGGAAUUGCAUCGUCUACGCACCCACUCUUAAGUGUUGGGUAGUUUACAAUAUAUAAUCUCAUUUGAUUUUCAGAAAACUGAGAGCUAUGUUUUCUAGCACUGAUUGUAUGCAAGCACUCUGGUAAGUACCUUUUAAUUCAUCCUUCGAACCAGCUUGGGGAGAAGAGAGUUUAUUAUUCCUAUUUCACAGAUGAGGAAGCUGGGACUCAAGGUGGGAAAGUUCCUUCCUUGGGCCUCACAGCCAGGAGAAGCUAGAAGCUGAAACAAGGAUUUGGGAGAAGAGCUGUGCCUUAAGGCGGCACUGCCUCUAACCCGGGGUUAGUAACCUUCCUAUGGCAUCGUUCUUGGCUUUCUCUGUCUUCUGACUUGAUACACGCAUGUUGCACACAUACACAUACACACGGCUGCCACACCUCUUGGAGGCUAAGAAACAGAGGCUCAAGCCCAGAACUCCUAGAACUGCCGAUAAACACCAGGGAUGUUUCCUUUCCAUUAUAAGGAGGGUUACAGAAUACAUUUAAAAUACUUCCGCAUUGCCCACGGGCCUGAACUUCUUCAAAACUUUUCGGGAUAUCUGACUUGAGAACUUGAGGAUCCUGUCUCAGGGUGAAGAGUAAAGACUUUGGCUUUGUGUGAAGAAAUGCCAAAGUAAUUCUGCUUUGUCCUUGAAUGUGUUGUCCAGCAGUUUCUGCGUGCUGCCAAAGCUAUUAUGUGGACUAUGAGGUCCUUUGGACCUCAGGCCUCUGAUCCUAGAUUUUUAGGUGAGAGGAUGGUUCUGUAUGUAAGAAUUUUUACUGCCUGCAGGUCUGUACAGAUAAACUACCAGAAAACACUUAUUUUCCAAAACAUUGAGAGCAGAACCUUAGCGUUUUCUCUUCCCUGAGGUUGGUAGCCAGUGAGUGUUGGAUUCAGUCUGUUCUAGCCUUGUGUGCAGGGCAGGGCUGCCAUGUCCCCCCAGGGCUUUGGUUGGUAGGGCAGGCAGGGCAGCACCCUUCUUUGUUUAGUCCUGCAGGGAUUGCUCUGUGGAACUCAUGUAUGAAUUUGAACUAUACAGGGUUGGGAUUUGAUUGGAUAUAGAGACAUUUGCUCCAAAUGAGCUCUGAACUUGUAACAGAGAAUUCAGUGGCUCUUUUGCUUGGGGAGAAGCUCUCAGAAUGUCCCCUCUGUUCUUGCCUGGGUUUGGUCCUCAUGACACAGUGGCUGCCGAGUCCUGGUGCAGUGAGAUCCUCUCCCAACCCAGAGCAGACCUUCCGUGUCCCAGACACUUGUGUGAGCCUGGAUGUUGGGGGAAGCUGUGGUUCCCCAGAGGCUGUGAGGAAUAGAUUGGGGUUAAAAGGUUUCAAGGCAUGGAGCUCACCCUUAGACUGCAGGGAGCUGUGCUGAGCAGAAACGCUUUCUCUAAAUCCGAGGUCUUGCUCGGUAUCGGUACUUGCCAGCUCCUCUGUGGGGCAUGUUCUUUGUUCUCUGAGGGAUUUGGCACUUCUCAGAUAAAGAAUGCUGUGGCCAUAGGAAGUGGGAUCCCAUGACUUUCUCAAAUGGUAACAGCUUUAAUUGGCCAGAGUAUCCAGCCCACAAUUGGCUUCUCCACACCCCACAGCCUGCAGCAGCCAUGGUGUAUACUUUAUAAAUGUUGGUUUUCUUUUGUUUUUUCUUGCUUAUUAGUAAUUGUGUUUAAAGUGUGUUCAUUUGGCAUGAGGACUGUUUGAUGGGUUUGCCUCUGAUGUGUGGCCCCAUGGGAGAUGGACCAGUAGUUAAGAAUUACCAGAAGCUAGUCAGCUGGGAGCAUGUAAAGGUCAGCAUUUCAGUAAAUGAACUUCUGGAACUAAUGAGCAGGGCUCUGUUCUCUUCCUUUUAAGUAGGAUACCAUUUCCUCACUUAGUACCCUAGUGGUAUAUAAAGACUUUGCACUUUGUAUAUGUAAGUGCAUAUAUACGAGAUGGGAUUGUAAAGUGUAUGUCUAAUUUCUUUUCUCAAGACCCAGGAGAGCUGAGCAUUUCAUCUGACCCCCUCUUCCUGAAAGGGUGUCCACCACGUACGGGCCCAUACACCGAUUCCUGCGGUGCUGCCCGCUGCAGAAACAUUAUGGGAACUCCUCGAUUCGAAUGGCCUUCAGGACCUGGCAUGUUCAUUACCCUCAGAGCUGAGAAGUCCUCAUCCUUUGAGGGUGAAUUUCAGUUUUUGGAAUAAUCCUAAGUCAUUCUUAGCUCAGUGGGAUGACUACAGAUGGGAAAUUAAGGCCAGUCACACCAUUUUAGUUUUAAAAAAAAAAAUCCCCAAGAUGUUUUUUGUGAUGAGUCUCCAGACUCGGAGAACCUCUCAAAGUGACCACUUUAAAAGAGGACAGUAUUCAAUAAUAUAUGUAACUUCUAAUGGAUUCGUUUUUUUAAGUCUGUUUUCUUGCCAUGCCUUGGACAUGUUCACAUCUCUGCAUGCACUGCAGCUGUGAGUGUAUAUUCAUAGUGUAAACAUGCAGCAGGUAUUCUGUAAAACCGUGUUAUACUUAAGUGCAUGUUAUUAUCAUGUUAUGCUAUGACCAAGGUGUUUCUUUGUCAUGAAACGUUGCUUCUUCACAGAAUUAAAAUAUUGUUCUCUAUAUAAUGAAGCACAUAUACAGCAUUUUCUUGCAUCAGCUCCUGAAAUGUUGAUACCCAGUGGUGUACUUACAUGUGAUUUUGCUCAGAAUUCAGUUCGCAUAUAGACGCCUGUAAGUAUUUAUUACAACAACAGAAUGUAUGCAGAUUUAUUCACAGUGGUUUUCUUUGAAUCAAGAUGUUUUUCCCCUUUGCAGAAGGACAGUGGAGCCUCCUUCUCAAUGAGGCCCUUAUAGAAUCUGUGUAAAAUUCUGUGAAACGAGGGCAAGCGUGUGCAUGUAUCCGAUGUUAGCCAAGAGGUGUGACAGCCCUAGUGCCCGGGAUUCUGCCUCCUCUGUGUGCGUCAGCUGCUUGGGGAGAGCGUUCUGUGUCCUUCCAGGGAACGCUAGUAUCUGCUAUAACAUUUUGGCAUCUUCUUAUUGCUGGUCUGUAUAAGAGCCUUAUAGCCAGGUGGGUCUGUGUACAGUGGGGAGUCCAGGAACACAGCAUGUCCCCACACUGUUGGUCAGCCAAAGAUUUUCCUAUUCUUUGCUGCUUGAACUUGUGCCUUAAUAUUGUACAUAAUAAAUGGAUAAAAUGGCAAAAUGGUUAUUAUUUCCCUCACUGUAGCUUUUCUUCCCCAGAGAAGAACUUCUAAACUGGAUGUACAAUAAAAGUUUGCUUAAUUUAAUUUAA